AUGUGUGCUGAUGAACUUUUUACGAUCGUUAAAACUAUUUUCGAACCUACAUCAUCAAACAGUGACGAUGGUGUUAUUAUCAAUUAUCUGAAACGCAUCUUUCAAGUUCUCAUUAUCGGCUUUCGAUACUAUCCACUGCUGGCUGCCGUGUAUCUCGAUUCAAUCGUUUCGUUGGUGUGCGGUACGCUCUAUUCGUGGCUCGAUUAUUCGAUAACGCUUGCCAAUCAAGGACUGUGUAAUACUGAUUUUUACGCGACACUCGAUCAAUACAUUAGAGCAGGAAACACAAGUUCAUUGGCAGCACGAUUCGACUAUUAUGGUACUGGCUCUACGCUACUUGCUAUUCAAUUAUGCACAGAUAUUCCUCGAUCUUUGUGUUUGGCCUAUGUCAGCAUUAAAUUACCUUUUCUACUCAUUGAUAAAAUUCGUCAACGAUUUAAAAGAAGCUCAAUGUCCGACCAAGAACGAAUGAUGAUGAAAUUCACUCGUGAAGAACGCCUUCUUCUCCGUAUAUCUGAUCCGGACUCACCGGAAAUGCUGUAUGUUCGGAAUCUGUUCCGUCAGGCUGAUCAGCGACCACGCAGUCAUCAUUUGGUCGCUAGACUGCUGCCGAAAUUCAUCUACGAAUGGCGAGACGAUUUCACUUUUUCCACUCGAAUUCUUUGCAUCUAUUCAUCCAUCAUUUUACUUCUCUUCUUUAUAACUGUUCAGGCGUGUGUUCUUAUUUUGCCUGAACUUAACAGCGCGCAAAAAAAGUUGCAAUCAUUUGUCGAUUUUUUAUUCCCUACAAGUAGCGGAGACGACAACGACGAUGAAACAGUCGAUCCGGCCACAACGCAAUUUCCCGUUCCAUCUUUACAACGAGUGUUUAUAUUAUCUGUAGUGACAACGGUCUUGUUGAUCACUAUUCAAUUACUAACGCUGUUAGCGAAUAUUCGUCGAAAUCUUUUUCAAACAUUUCGUGGGGAUGAUAGUGAGAUUCCUCGACGGCAACGUUCGCGUUAUAUUUCCUACUCGACAGGAAAUAUCCAUUUUGGCGGUUAUUUCAUUGGCUAUCUCAUUUGGGGUUUCAUUCUUCUCGCUUUCUUUGUAGUUAUAUUAUGGACUUGUGUUGAAGCUUUCAUAAAUUUUGGUAGUGCGCGUAUACUCGAAAGGAUUCUCAAAAUGAUCAUUCCAACCUUUCUUUUCAUCUAUUUUAAGCAGUAUCUUAACAGAUUACUUGCUCGUUAUGUUUUUCUUCAGCAUGCAGGCGAAGUCCUCGCAAUAAACAAUCGUCGAAUAUUAAUGAUAUUCAUUUAUUUCAAUUUGUUUCUCGAUGCCUUUCUCGGUUUUAUUUCAUCGAUCACUCGACUCUUAUGGAGCGUCGUUUACGGAAUUAUAUACAUGUGUCGAUUAGAUUAUUCUCCUCUGGGACGAAAAUUAGAAUUAAUGGACGGUGGUUUCAGUGCCUAUUGUGGUUACAUUCAUACUGAGUGUUGUCAUCGUCAUCCAGUUAUGUUGAUAUUUGCUUCGCAUUUGUUUACACAAUUCAAAAUGAAACAAUACAAACAAAUAGAGUAUUUAGGCCAGCUAUCCGACCCAGACAGAUUGAUGUAUGCGCAAAGACAAAAGAAAUCUUUACGGGCCAUUAGAAAGUGGAAUUUGGGUGUUUUUCUGAUUCGUAAUCCAAUGAUUGCCUUUUUUCGCAAGGCCUAUCUCAAGCAACUAGACGUUAAUGAUUUGCAUGCGUUGACCGAUCUUGAUGGUGAUGUGAACAAUAGGAAUCAGCGAUUGGCUGUCUAUCAUCGGAGAGCGUCGGUCGCCGGACUGAGCGUCAUUGAGGAAACAAAUGCAGAGCUGCAUAAACAACAGCGCUUCUAA